AUGGCGCACCCAAUCUCUCAAGCAAUGCCGCAUGGAAACAUGCACAUCCUGCAGCAACAGAAGAAGAUGCACAAUGGCCCACCCAAGAUGGGCCAAAUGAAGACGAUGAAAAGUAACGUUGCAAAAGUUGCGAGUGUAGCUCGCACAGGAGACGCGAUAUCAGACGAAAGCGACAAUGGUGAAGCCGAGGCAGACUGUACCGCUAUUGAAGAUGAUAGUGACUCGGAUGAGGCGGAUGCUUUUGCCCUGUCAGGUGUGAGACGUCCCGGGAAACAUGGCGUCUCGCGUCUGGCAGGGCUCACACCACCAGCAGACUUUGACAUGGACGGACAGCAGGCUUCAGCAGGGGCUGAGCGCGAAAGUGACGAUGAAGACUACGAUGCUGUAGGCGAGCUCAGCGAAAGCGAAGAUGAUGAAGUGGAGGACGAGAAAAAGGUCUUGCGUUCAGCUGAGCAGGAUCUGAUCGCAGAGUUCGAGCGGACGGAGAAGCCUCGAACAGACAAUGCUUUCACGACUGUGAUGAACGAAAUGUCAUUGAAGGAGGACGCAGCUCUGGCACGCCGAUUGUCCCAACAAAGUCAGACGAGUCAGCCGGCCGACGACCUUGAUCUGGACCUGGACAUGAAUCAGGAUCCGUUCAAUGGAGCAUCUUUCAUGGCCGAGUCCCAGCUCGAGAUGUGGGAUGAGGCUGAGGGCCUUUUCGAUGGCGACCUUGCCCAAUGGCGCAACCCCGACUCUGCAACAAACACGCUUGGCUUGAUGGAUAUUCUAAGCCGCGAAGAAAGUACACCAUCAAACACCAACCAGAAGAAGGUCCGUUUUGAGGAGACUGCAUCGUCUCGCUCUUCCAGCAUGAGUAGCGAAGAUGAUCCAAGAGAUGCGUAUCCAGACCUGUUCGAUUCACAAGACGAUCUCGCCGCAAGACAACGUGCUAUGCUCGCCGGAGUUGACAUUGAUGCCAUUCAAGACGGCGAAUCAGUCUACGACUUUGACUUUGAAGACGAGUACGAGAAGCAAGCCUUCGAGAUUGAUGGCCAAAGCGACUCCGAUGAAGAGUCGAGCGACAGUGAUUCCGACGGUGGUGACACUACAGACGAAGAAGACCCUGAAGAACAGCUAGCACGCGUUCUUGCAAUCAAAGCUGCAUGCGAGGCACGAAACGGCAAGGUCGCACCUGCCAACACACCCGCCAGCGAACCGAGCACGCCGGUACCCAGCAAGCGUUCACCGCCUGUGAUGGCACGUGGCAACUCUGGCAAAGCUUCGGCGACUACGCCAAAGAGCAAUGGCCGACCCAAGAUGGGCACAUUCGCACGCGACCCAACACGUGCCACCGUGACUGCCGACAUCAAAGGUAGUGGUGUCAAACUUGUCUGUCCAACUAAGCCUCCUGCUGAAGAGCGUGCUUACUGGGAGCGCGCACGUCAAGCCGUGGGCAGUCGUGAUGGCAGUCCUGGAGGUUCUGUCUCCUGGACAUGCGCCACCCCUCGCCCCGCGAAAGCUCCGUUCCGACCACUGACUGCUCGCUCGACUCUUGGAACUAUGUUUGACGGCAACCUCGACUUCCUCCGCAACAAUGACGAGAACGGUAUCGCCGAUGAAUUGCUGGUUCCCAGUAGGAGCGACAGCAUGCAAUCAUCAAUGGUCUCAGCAGCCAUGACUAAUGACGAGGAGAGCGAAUAUGAGAGCGACGUCCAGAUGGAGGAUUUCCUCCAGAUCAGGGACGAUGACUCCGAUGACGAGGAGGAGCCACAAUCUGCAUCGGAUGUCUUCUCGCCUACUCAGUCAACAUUCAGCGAUGCCGUCUUCGACUCGCCAGUCUACUCUCGCCCAGGCACAAGCAAUGGCCUCCUGGGUCAUCUCGAGCAACAGCGUGGUCUCGUCUCGUCCUUCCGCAACAAUCAGCAUCACGUCCGACAAGUGACAUCGCUGCCGGUGAACCCAUCGCAACGUGCGCAACGCCAUGAAGCCAACGCGCUUCAAAAAGGUCGCCGUGCGGCGGCCAAUACACCAAUGACUCCUGCGCGUAAGCAACGUCAGAGUCAAAAUCUGGACAUGACCAAUGCAGGCAUCAGCAAAACUGCCUCUCCAGUCUUCUCCAAGCGUCGUCGCAGUCGCGGCAUCUCCAUCACUGGCAUGGAUCAGACUCUCACCCGUGAUCGCUUCGCUGGUAACCGCCAAUAG